AUCUUUCUAGAAUACCGUCAGUGCUUAAUCAGACUUCUAGCAUCUACGAAACAACAAAAAUUGUGUAUUAUUUGAUGUUAAUUUUAAAAUGGGCGACAAACGAUCUGAAGGCUCACAAGAACUCGUAAGCUAUGACUCUUAUCAGGACGAUAGCCAGGUCAGCAUGGUGGAGGCUUCAGUGGUUCCUUUGGACACCUCGGAGGAUGCCCAGUUUUCGGAGCAGAUGUUCAACAGCAUUCAGGAGCGUCUGACCCGUAUUAACAAGCGCGUACGAAUGGCCACUUCGACCAUGGCCACAUUGCAGAAAGCCCUUCGGAGCCGAAUGGUAGCAAAGGCUGCUGCUGCAAUUGAGGAAGACAAAAUGGCUGGAGGCGACAAUGGAUUGCGUCGCUAUCAGGAUUCCAACGAGGAAACUGUUGACUAAUUAUUGUUAUUAAAUUCAGUUUCGAUGUGUAUCUGUUUUUGAAAACUAAUCCGACUCAAAUCAUUAAACGUGACAUUGUUUCAAGUUUCAAAAAUGUA